AUGGAAACAUCCAGCAAUCUGACAUCUCCAUUUUCAACCUUUCAUCUGACAGGCAUUCCAGGAAUGGAAGAGGCACAUGCCUGGAUCUCCAUUCCUUUCUGCUCUCUCUAUACCAUUGCCCUAUUGGGAAAUAGCAUGAUCCUGUUUGUCAUUAUCACAGAACAGAGUCUCCAUGAGCCAAUGUACUUUUUCCUUUCUAUGCUGUCAGCCACUGACUUGGGCUUGACUAUUUCCACAAUGUCAACAACACUAAGUGUACUUUGGUUUGAUGCCAGAGAUAUUAGCAUUGAUGGCUGUAUUGUCCAGAUGUUCUUCCUUCAUGGGUUCACUUUCAUGGAGUCUGGGGUUCUGGUGGCAAUGGCCUUUGAUCGAUUUGUGGCUAUCUGUGACCCUUUGAGAUAUACCACCAUCCUCACAAAUACCAGGAUUACACAAUUAGGUGUGGCAAUGGUCAUCCGUAUGAUAGUUCUAAUGUUGCCCUUGCUUUUAUUAUUUAAGAAGCUGUCAUUCUGUGGUCCUAAUGGCCUUUCUCACUCCUACUGUUACCACCCUGAUGUGAUUAAGUUGUCCAGCUCAAAUACCAAAAUCAAUAGUAUAUGUGGGUUAGCAGCUCUCAUCCUGAGCACAGGAAUUGAUACACCAUGCAUUGUUCUCUCCUACAUCCUGAUCAUUCGCUCUAUCCUCAGCAUAGCAUCUCCCAAAGAGCAGAACAAGGCUUUCAGCACCUGUGGGUCUCACAUAGGGGCUGUUGCCAUCUUUUAUAUCCCCAUGAUUAGCCUAUCCCUAACGCAUCGCUAUGGUCAGACCGCUCCCAAGAUUGUACAUACAAUGAUGGCCAACAUCUACCUGAUGCUUCCACCUGUGCUUAAUCCCAUUAUAUACAGUGUGAAAACAACCCAACUUCGCAAGGCAAUGGGCAAAUUAUUCCUUUCAAAGUAG